AUGUCCGAAAUAGACCCCCUAGUCCUGUCCUACUCCCACCUCCACCACCUCCCCCAGCCCUCCUCAGCCCUCCACCUCCUCAAAAAGAUCGCCUCCCUCGUAAAACCGCUCAUGCGCGCCCGUGGCUGGCGCGUCCGCGAGCUAGGCGAGUUCUACCCCGAGCAAGAAAACCUUUUAGGACUCAACAUCAACCGCGGCGCCAAGAUUUUGCUUCGGUUGCGCUACCCCUCCGACAAGUCCCUUUUUCUUCCCGUCGAGCAGGUAACGGACACGAUGCUGCACGAGCUAGCACAUAUCGUUCACGGCCCGCACGACGGCAAGUUUCAUGCGCUGUGGAAUCAGCUGAGGGAUGAGCAUGAGGGCUUGGUGAUGAAGGGGUAUACGGGGGAGGGGUUCUUGUCGGAGGGACGGCGGCUUGGUGGUUCUUCUAGAGGAAGGAUUCCGAUGCAUGAAGCGAGGCGGUUGGCGAGGGAGCAGGCGGAGAAGAGAAAGGUGCAAACGACACUAAGUGCUGGGUCGGGACAGAGGCUGGGUGGAGCGAGGCCGAGGCCGGGCGAGGAUAUACGGAGGGUGAUCGUUGAGGCGGUGGAAAGGAGGAAUAAGACGUUGAAGGGCUGUGGAGUAAAGGACACGGGCGAUGAAGGGCUGGGUGAGUACGAGAUUCGCAGGAUUGAGGAGCAGGCGACUAGGAAUGGCUUUCGCUCUCAGGCGGAGGAGGAUGAGGCGAACGAGGCGGCGAUUGCGCAGGCGUUGUGGGAGCUGGUGCAGGAGGAUGAGAAGAAGAAGUUUGGAAGCGGAUAUGUUGAGCCGAGUAGGGAGUUUCCGGCUGGGAGUCAGGGGGCUUUUCAACAAAUCGAAGAGAAGGGCGGAGGGUCGGCAGCAUCAUCUUCGUCUGCACAACCACCACCAAUUCCUCACCAUACCAAACCAACCACCAUCAUCUCUUCUCGUCCACCACCAUCAGUCUCAUCAAAACCAGAACCAUCCAACGAACCUUCAACCGGCUGGGCCUGCAACAUUUGCACCCUCCACAACCCCGACACAUUUCUCUGCUGCGACGCCUGCGGUACCGAACGCCCACUUCGAACUUCCACCACCACCACUGCCCCCAUUCCCAAAAAGAACACCACGGGCACCAGUUCCAGUUCCAGUUCCCGUUCCGCCGGAAAACGCCCAAGCAGCUCAGUCGUCGACCUGACCAAAUCCCCGCCCUCCAUCCGUACCCGGCCAUCACAACCAAGCUCUCACAUCCGAACGGGAUCGGGAUCAGGAUCAGGGCCAAAUAAAGACAAAGAAAAAGCAAAAGCCAUCCUCCAAGCUCAAGCCGAAGCAGAAGCCGCCCGCCGCAAAGUGCUCCACGAGAUAUGGCAGUGCUCGUUUUGUGGAACGAGGUUGGAGAAGCAGUGGUGGACUUGCUCUACGUGCGGGAAGAUGAAGGAUAGUUCCAAGUGA